AUGGCGAUGACCUUUUCUGUCGAUGUGCCCGCCGGGACCGAGGUUGUCCUGCCGCUCCUCCUGAUUAUUGCCCUUCUCUACGGCCUGCGAAAAUGUCUUGACUUCGGGAAGGCUGAGCACGGUGACCCCAGCUGCACGGAUUACGACGAUUCGCUCCCACCUUUGGGCGGGAGACCAUUUACCGGCCCUGAACUGGCCCAUCACAAUACUCAAGAGAUGAUCAAAAAACAGAUCGAAAACAUCGAAAAGAAUCGCCAGGCCGCUUUUGCAGAGCUGUGCAAGAUUCACGCCCGGCGUGGAAAGAUAGAAAAGACACUUUCUAACUUGACCGAAAUCUUGAAGAGAGAUUAUCCGACCCCUCGUGGCCCGGCGGACGAGUUUGCCAAGCGAGUUGAACUAGAGAAGCAUAUCCGCCAUCUCGCCAAGGAACGAGAAGAAUGCUUUGGGAUGGUGGAUAGCAUCUGUCAUCAGAUGUACAUGCUGUUGAUCCAGCGAUUGGCGCUUCGCCGAAAGAUCGACAGACUGGACUUGCAGAUGGAGUCGGCCAGGCUCGCCGACAUUCUCUACCCUUGGAAUGUCGCAUCCGAUGGUCUUUGGGGUCAGGUCGAGGAGCAGAAGGACCAGUAA